AUGAAUGUUACGCAUUCCUUAAAAAGGUUAUUUUUAAGAUAUAUUUUCGCCAUAUUACUGGGAUUAUUUUAUAUUGUUGUUUUGAACAUAUGUAAAUAUGAUGGGAAAGCACGUUUAAGUAAGAGCUUCAUGAGUAGGUGUACUAGGAGUUUAAUGAGAUUAGAGCAUAUAAAAGAAUAUUUUGCCGACUAUAUAAAUAAUGACAAGGUUCAUGAACCGAUUGUACAUUUAAUGGAUGAUCCAUUGAAGCUUAUUAUGUAUGAUAAUUAUGUGUCUUUAACUAAUUAUGGGUAUUCUGAAGAUACGUACUUGGAUGAUGAAUUAAAUAAAUUAUCAUACGACGAAAAUGUCGAAACAUCCAAGGGUGAGUAUGAUGAAUUGCCUAAUUUAGAUGUAUUGACUGAUAAUUUGAAUGAAAAGAAUAAUAUGAAAUCAAAGAUGGAUGAAGCUGAGAUACACGAUAUGGGAAAAUUGACAGAAAAAUCCAUUGAUUAUUAUAAUGAUAGGAAAAAAGCUGAUUCUAAAUUGAUAUAUGUAGGUAAAGAUUUAAGACAUCUUUUGUUUGAAAAUUAUAAAGAUGUUUCAAAUAAUGUUGACAAAUUAUUAAUUAAGAAGGAAUCAAAUGAUAAUAUAUCUAAAAAGAUAAAUAAAGAAGAAACAAAUAGGUUUAAUGAUGUAAUAAUAUUAAAAGAAGAAGAAAAACCAUUAUUUAGAGAUACAUCAAAUAAAGCAGUACAAAAUGAUUUAUAUGAGAAAAAUAAGAAAUACAAAAAAGAAUCAGAAGAUAUUGAAUUAUUUAUAGAAGAUGAUUUCAAUGAAUUAUUAAACAAUAUUUUACAUUUGCAGUUACAUGCAGAAAAUAAUUAUAACUGGCAACACAUAUUAAGAGAAUAUACGAAUGAUACAGUGCAAGGUGAGGUGAAAACUAUAUUUGGUGAUGAUUCUUUUAGAAAAGAUGAAGACGAUGACAAGAUUAAUAUUUCAUACAUAGAAAAAUACAUACUUGAGGAUGAAAACGUAAAAAAAAUAUUAGAUGAUAUAUUGAGUUAUAAAAAAAUGGAAGACAUAAAUAAACUCAUCAAUUAUUUUCGAAAAUAUUCAGGAGUUCCUGAUAAACUAAUUGUAAAAUGUGCACAUUAUUUAUUACAUCAUUUAAAUAUGGAAGCUGAUGAAAAAAGUCUUGAUGUUUUAAUAGAAGAAUUGAUCCAAUAUGAUGAGAAUAAUAUAUUUAAAAAAAAUGAGAAAUUUAUUAAAUAUAUAACAAAUGAAAGAGUCAAGAAAGAAUAUGAAUUAGAUUUCAAUAUUGAGAAGAACGACAAAAAAAUGAACGUAUUUUCUAAUGAAAAAGAUUUCUCAAUAAAUAAAGAUAUUUCAUCACUGAAAAGUUACAACAUUUGUGUAAAAAAAUGUUCAGAUUUAUGGUUAAGGAUGAUGAAAAAUGAAAGAGGAAAAUUUAAUCAUAUAAUAACUGAUUUAUAUAGGAUUUAUA